UGGUUUUGUGUGCAUAUCUAUAUAAUGUUAUAUUGUUUGUGUGAAAAUGGUGUUGACCUUUGCAUCAAUUGACGCUUCAACACAAGACAGAGUCAAAGUGAAGUACCGUGAUCACCCACGCCAGUCGAUUGUUCUUUCAAGUCUGGUAAACUGGUUGGGUGAAAAGAUUUCUGCUAUGUCUGGAACAGAAGCUGAAGACACCGUUAACACUACUCCUAUUGACACAAAGAAAACUGCUGACAAGAAAAAAAAUGGCAAAAUGAAACCCAUUUUUGCUGUUCCGAAAGUAACUACAGGAGCAGUUAACAAAUCUUUGUCUAUGAAUGAAAAGACUUCGCAGAAGAAAGUUACCAAAACACAGAGAGAAACGUCAGGGGACAACUGUAAAAAAUUAACAGAAAACAUCAGUCAUUCGAAAGUUGCUGAUACCCCAGCUAUAAAGAAGCCGAGGAAAUCAAAUACAGAGGCUCGCAGUUUGACACAAGAAGAGUAUGACGACAUCUUUAUCAAUGUCCUGCUUCCAGUCUCUUUAGACGACAGUGAUAGGGUACCCACCAAAAAAGUCCACCAGAGCUCGGCAAAAAGCAUGCGUCAUGAAGACAACUUUGGUGAAACUAACUCUACUGAAUGGAACAGUGGCCAUGAGGAUGAAGAGAUUGAUGACUGGAAUGAAGACCACCCAGAGAUUGUAGAGAUACCACCACCAAAAGAGUCAAAGGAUUCUGGCAAUCAUUUCAAAAAGCAAACUGCGGAUGCAAAGAAGCUGUAUGAACUAAAACAAGUGAAACUGUCUUUUCCAUCAGAUGUGAAGAUGUCAAAUAACGCAGGCGAUAAUGGAAAACCAAAGAAAACAGUAAAGAAAGCACAUAGUAUGACGGAUAGCUUGAAAAGCUCAAAUGAUGAGGAAAAAGAAAAUAGUCAAUCUACAAGAUCGCUGAAUCCUCCAAAAGAUUGUCACGUAUCAAAGUAUGAAAACGAUGGUGGGAAAUCAAAGAAAAAAGCAUGGAAAACCUCUGGAAUGAUGGAAAGCAGAGAAAACUCUCUAAAUAAGGGGAAAGCAAACAAGCAGUAUCAAGGACCUAAGAGCUUUCAGAAAGAUUUCCAAGCAAAAAAUAAAGUGGCUAAAAGAAGUGGGCAAAAGGAGCUGCUGAAAGAACAGCAGAGGAAGAGGUUCAGUCAAGGAAAGAAUAAGAAGAAAAUGACAAGGGAAGAGACCUCUGAUGACAGCAGCAGCAGUGACGAGGAAAUUGGAACCUGGGUCCAGUGUUGUAACCUGUGGUGUAAAAAGUGGAGAUAUCUCCCGGAUGUUGAUGACCCUGCUAGGAUUCCGGACAAAUGGGUUUGCAGUAUGAAUACAGACAAGAAACAUAACUCUUGUGAAUCUGCGGAAGUGAAGUAUGAUGAAAGUGAGCAUAUCUUCACAAAAUUCACCCCAGGAUCUGUUGUAUGGGCAAAAAUGGAUGGAUAUCCGUGGUGGCCUGCAAUGAUAGAAAGUGACUGUGACUAUGACACUUACUUUGAGUUGUUGUCUGAGGACAGCAUGCACCCUACACAGUAUCAUGUUUCCUUUUUUGAUGACUGUGUGUCCCGCGCUUGGAUCAAGGCUGCAUGGAUCUCUCCUUAUCAAGGGCAACAGCCUAGAAAUUCUGCUCUGUCUAAACGCUCACAGUCGCACAAGAAAGAAAUUGAAAUUGCCAAGAGAAAUGCAGACUAUGCACUGAAAUUGAGCCUCAAGGAGCGCCUUGAAACUUACGGAUUUGCCACACGAUACUCGCGACAUAAAAGACAGCAUAAACAGUACUCAGGGAAUGGUCGUGAUGGAUCUGUUGGCAGUAGCAGGAGAAAGGUCAAGAAGCUCAAAACGCAAGGAAAAAAAGAUUCACAGCAAGUGGUUGUUCCUCUUUCACGAGGCAGCUGUGAACAGAAUUCGAAAAAAGAUUCUUGUAUCGCUGACGACGGAAAUUCCACCGAGGAAAAUGAGAGUACAGAUAACAGGAACUGCAGCUCAAAGGGUGUAACUUCUGUUCAUCAAAGAAAAGAAAGAUUUGACAAAGAAAUAUUCACCAUGGAAGCCUCUACUGCACAGAGUCAAGAAGCAGAGCUGCCCAGCUCGAGUGCUGGACAGGUGUCUCAAGACACAGAGGAGGUGUCGGAAUCUUCUAGUGAAAGUUUGCCCGGCAGUGAAGGAGGGGAUGCUGAUAAUGUUCUUGCUCAUGGUGAAAUGGAAAAAGAAGUUGGGGAGCCAGUUGACGGUCAAGAUGUUGUCAAAGGCGGUAUGGAAACCCUGAAGAAUGGUGUUUGUGAGAAACCAGAUGAAGAACUUGGGGCUAGAGAUAAUGCUUCAGAUUCUGAGGUUCAUAGUGAUCUUGAAAACACUGAUACUGCUACAUCGUCAAAAGAAAUUGAACAGUCUGAAAUCGUUGAGCAUGAUCGGAUUGCUUCUGAUGUUGUGGAACGUAAUUUUGACAACGAAACUGUCUGUGAAGGGAAGAAGGCUGAUGUGGUUACAUGUGAGGAGAAGCAAGAAGAAGAAAGCUCUGUGGGUACAAAGAGCAAGACUUCUGGAAAAUCUUCAGGCCACACACGCGGCAGCAACAAAUCUACCCGUGGAAGUGAGGAGGUUGUGGGUGGGGGAGAGGACCUCGAGAACAAGAAGAAAAGAAAACUGGCGUCUGUCAAGUCAAAUAACAAGCCAGUGAAUGAAGAGAAUAAGGAAGAUGUUUCAAAUUCCCUAUGUGAUGAUACUCUGAGCACUAAGAAAAGUUUGAAAGACAAAAUACCCAGCAAGAGCAAAAAACUGAAAUUUGAUUCAGAAAAGUCCGUAGCGUCUGAUUCUGAUGAUGAGACAAAUGUAACUGAGGAAAAUUCCAUGGGGAUUGCUGAAAAUGGUUCCCAGAAUAAAAAGAUAUUCUCAAAGAGCCGAUCGAAAGAUUCUAAUAAGAAAAGUAAAAACUCUGCUAUGAGCAAGAAGGACAGUGAGGUUCAAGUUGAUGGUUCUGAAAAAGGCAAAGAAAACACAGAGAAGGUUUCAAAAAUUCAGAGAGAUCAAGAAAAAUCUUUCCAUAAAGUUAGAAAACAUAACAACUUUUCAGCCCCUCAAAUAAGCAAAUCAUCCUCUCACUCUGAUGGCGUGGUUCCCAGUCAGCCAUUGAAGGAAAAUGGAACAAAUAAACCUAAGAAAAGUUCUUAUGCUCGAGCGGUGAGACCUGCCGUUACAGAUCAGAAUGUACCUGAUUUAGAAGCAGAUGUAACCAGUAUUAUUGAAAGUGAAGGCACAUUGACUCUGAAGACAGAUUCCAGUUCAGUAAAGAAACAAGAGAAGAUCCUUCGUGACAGCAUCGACAAGCUGGAAAGUGGAGACGAGGAGGAAAGCUUUGAUUUGGGGGAUGUGUACAAAAAAUCUGUCCAAAGUCCUAGAUCCAAAGUCCCUCAGGAUAGUGACUGUGAGAGUCUGGACCUAGAAGUGGACGCGGUCAGCCCAAAAGUUAUAGCAGAGAAUGUUCAGGGCAUUCAGGGCGACAUUCAUGGGAGGUUUGCUGGGACGUGUUUUGAUCAAGGCUCAGAUUCUGAUCCCUUUGAUGCAAUAGAGCAGUAGAUUGUUGUUACUAUGUUAGUGUUAGACAUUGUUGUUCCCUAUAUUUUUAAGAUUAUUUUUAAAGCUAUGUUUUCAAAGUACUGUGUAAAACCAACUCAUCGGCCUCACAACCCUUUGACUUUGAGAUUUUAUGAUUUCGUUCGGAAAGAUAUUGAAUUUUAUGAUGUGUAGUAAAUCUUGUGGGAAAAAAAAAUGUCAAAGUAGAUGUUUGUAUGUUGGCACAAAUUUCAUGUGGAUACGUUGAACAGUCAUGUCAGUGGUCAGUUCAACCUGUGUGUAGAUUAGCGAUGCUUGUAGACAAUGCAGAAAGUUGACUGAAAUUAAUCUAUCCAAGAUUUGAGUCCAAAAAAGAUGACGGUGUUUAACACAUGCGGAUAACUUGAGAACGACAGAUGUACGCCAUUGGCCGAUAUUUAUAGUAACAGCCAUCCUGUUUGACGUCAUUGAGGGAUUCCCACUUUGUUGUCGUUCACGGUGGCAACACAACCACAAAGCACUACGGCAGUAUUUUAAAAGCCUGUAGCCUACA